AUGCACGCCAGCUUCCUCGUCGCUCUUGCCCUUGGUGGCACUGCUGUCUCUGCAGCGUGUGACCCGUACUGCAACUUCGCAGCAAGCUACGACUGCUCGCAAAAUGGCGGCCACCACUUCACCAAGGAUCAAAUGAUCUCCAUACUUGUCAAUGCGGACAGAUCUGGAGCCCCCUACGAAGUAUGGGCAGACAACCUUGCUACGACGUACUGCAGCGGCGUGGAAUACGGAGAUAUGCCUCUUUGGACCGUGGGGCUUCCAGACGGAGCAGGCACUGUUUUCUAUGCUUUGGCUAGUAACGGAACUUUUUACUUUUGCGGCAGCCAGUCAGGAACAGCGUCAUCAGGCUGGCCCGACUCAUGCCACGAGAACUCAACAAACUGA